GGGGGGGAUGAUUUGUGGCAGGGGGGGGCAAGGUGCCUGGGGGAGGGCCCUCUGUGCAUGGGCGCCCCGCAGGCCGGCCGGCCGGCCGGCGACAGGGCCGUGGCUGCUGGGCCGGCAGGGGGCGACUUGCGGGCCCGGCCUGGCCGGCCGUGUGCCGCGCGUCUGGCCGGCUGCCAGGGGCCCCGAUCCGGCCCGCGGCAAGAGGCGCGACCCCCCGCCAACGCACAACAGGCGGCCCUCGGGGGCUGGGGGGCACCGGCCGCGCGGCCAAGACACGGCAUCUUCCCGGGGCGUGUAGGCCCCCGGUGGCCGGGCCCGGCGGCGCCGGUGCCAGCCCCGGCGAGCGGCUAGCACGCCUUCCGGCAGGGGGAGGAGCAGGUCCCGGGCACCUGGAGCGCGGCCCGGCCCGGCGUGCGGCACAGCGUCCGCUCCGGCCGGCAGGCCCGGGGCUCGGCGAGUGGCCGGCCGGCGUGCUCCUGCCUGGGCGCCGCGACUGGCGCAUGGGCGGCCAGGCCCGAAGUGCGGGCAGCCUCGGAGACUGGCCACCUUUGUGUCCUCCGGGCCGGGCCGGGGCGGCCGCGCGCCCGGGCCCCAGCCGUACCGUGGCCGGGUCGGAGUCCCCCCCCCCCCGGCCCGCAACAGGGGCACCGAGGGAGGCCACACACACGCACGCACGCACACCCUUCGGGCUGGCUGGUGCGGCCAGCCGCAUCGGCCGCCAGCCCCCGGGGGACAAGCGCGCCGGGAGCCGGCGAGAGCGCCAGCGGCCGUGGGAGGAAAAAGAAAUCCCCCCAGGCCUGCUGGCCUGGGUCGGAGGGGGGCGGCCAUCGCCGGCAGAGCGCCGCCAUGGCGUCACGGCGGGCCGCAUCGGCCGGCCCCCAUUUCCGGGCGCGCCACCCCCGCCCGACAAAAGAGGGCACAGUCUGCUUUUGUAGAUCCCCCGCCGGGAGCCGGCGCGUGUCCAUCUGCCAGCGCAUGCUCUCCGAGCCGGUCUCACAAUGCCGCGGGCGCCGAUGAUGCCCGAUGCCGGGCCGCCCGCCGGCGCGCCGGGUGGCCUCUCAUGGCACGCGGGCGGGCUUCGGCGGCCGGGCGGCGGGCGCGGGGGCGCCGGCACACCAUGGCCGCGCCUUUUAUGCCGUCCCGGGCAUGUGCCCUUCAGACAAGCCUGUUUAGCUCAGUUGGU